AUGCAAGUAGCCGCCCUCGCCCGACUCCGCUCAUACAAACCACCCCCCUUCGACUCAAUAUGGAACCUCCUCCCCCUCAGCAGACGAGCCGCCGUCCUUAUUCUCCUCUUUGCCGAUCGACGAGGUGACCUCCGAGUUGUGCUUACCAUGCGCUCGAACACGCUUCGAAACUUUGCCGGUCACGCUGCGUUUCCCGGUGGCAAAGCUGAUUCUCUACACGAGACGCCUUUUGAAAUUGCGCGCCGAGAAGCCAGUGAGGAAAUUGGUCUUCCUAACGAUGACUCGAAGAUUCCCGCUCCGUUCAAGAUAGAACAUCUGUGUCAGCUACCGUUUAGUCUGGCUAGAACGGCGUUGGCUGUACGUCCUUGUGUUGCGUUUCUGAGUGGGAGAGAUGCGGAGGAUUUGGUACCUCGAUCGGAUGCAAGAGAAGUAGCGGCCGUAUUUUCCGCCCCUUUCCAUAAUUUUUUGCGAACAGAAGAUGAAGUAAGGAAAGAAGACGAAUCUCUAUUACCCGGAAAGAAAAGCGACUGGUAUAAUGGGGCUUGGCACAAGUGGCAUGAUACGAAGUGGCGGAUGCAUAAUUUCUAUGUGCCGAUUACAAAUCAGAAGGUAUCGAAGCCAAAGAUUAGAGAAGGAGGGCAGGCGACUAUUGCAGAGGAGCUGGAUAAGCGAGAGGAGCAUGGAUUGACGAGAUAUAAAGUUUGGGGGAUGACAGCGAGGAUUUUGGUUGAUGCGGCUAGAAUUGCGUACGGGGAAGAGCCAGAAUUUGAGCACAAUGCUCACGUGGGAGAUGAAGAUCUCAUUACGAAACUACAGAGUACUGGACAUCUUGAGGAGAGGAUAUCGAGCAACAAGGAGGUGACAGAUGCAGAGCUCAACGAUGCCUGGAAGAGUAUAAAAGUAGAGAAAUAUGGGGCAAAGAUUUAG